GGAACUACCGGACCCGGAGGCCGACAACGGCGACUCCCACAUGACCUUGAAGGAGCAGGAGCAGAAGUGGUCCGACCUGGCGCUCGGCCUCUUGAGCGAACUUCAGAACAACACUAAUUAAUAAUCUCAACUAACUGAGCUCAAUGGAGCUCCCCCACCUCGGCGCGCGGUGCGCGGUCCCCGACUGCAGGCAGCUGGACUUCCUGCCCUUCCCGUGCGCCGGCUGCGGCCGGGACUUCUGCGGGGAGCACCGGUGCGCCCCGGACCACGCCUGCCCCGGCCCGCCGGCGGACCCUGCCCCCCGGGGGGCCCCCCAGCCAGCGCCCGCGCACCGCUGCUCGGCGGCGGGCUGCGCCGAGACCAGCCCCGUGGAGAUGCCGUGCCCGGCGUGCGCACGGCACUACUGCCUGGCCCACCGCCACCACGGCUGCCGCGAGCAGACCCACACGCCCGACGAGCGGCGGCGCUGGGAGGAGCCCCAGAGGCGCUUCGCGGCCGCCAAGGCUCUCGUCGACCGAGAGGUGGAGGCGAGCCUGCAGUCGGCCCGCGGGAAGGCCAGCGAGACGGCCCGCAAGGUGCAGCUGAUGCGCCUGAAGGCCAAGGCGGUCGGCCCCAAGGCGGUCCCACCCGAGCAGCGGGCCUACUUCUCGGUGCGCCCGCUGGCGGCCCCGGGACAGCCGGGCAGGGCCGUGUACGCGUCGCGGCGCUGGCCCCUGGGGCGGGCCCUGGACGCCUUCUCAGACGCCCUCGGCGUGGCGAGCGCCAACAACAAGCCCGGCGCCAGGCUGCGGCUGCUGCGUGAGGGGGAGGAGAUCUGUGCGGACCUGUCUCGCACUCUCGACGAGCUGAUCCAGAGCAACGCCAUCACUGAAGGGGAUACUCUGUCUCUCGAAUUCAUUUAUAAAUAAUUCUGAACUGUGUGGUUCGCUAAUUUUUUUUUUUUUUUUAUUGGUUUGGGCAUUAAAAUUUACUUGUAAAACAA